UAGAGCGAGCACGCUCUCGUUCGCAUGCCAUCGAAGUCGGCGGAGGUACGAGUAGCACGAGCGAGCGCGCCGCAUGCUAUCGUUCUCGUGCUCGCUGUUGAUGCAGCGAGGCAGCUGCUCGGGCGCAUACUUUAGGCGGAUGGAGUAGAAGAGAGCGGUGCAGCGAUUGUGAGGGCGCACGAUCACGAACGCCCGCGGGUCUGGCGUGCUUGGUGCUGAGGGGAUAUGCGGGUGCGCCGGUGGCCGAAUGGCGGUAUGGGGCUUGCAGGGACCCGUGCUGGCUCGUUCGCGUGUUGUCGAGAUUCAUGCACGGUGCGGGAGACAAAUAGGGUGGGGGAGCCUUUCAGGAGGGAACCUAGCGCGUGUGAGCCGACGCUGCCGGGAACGGCCUCACCAGUCCCUCGCAUCCACUUUCGUAGUACUCGAGGGUGCACUUGCCACAGCGUGACCGACAAGCUGGUACAUUGGCGAUGCAAGACGGGUGGUUCGUGCACGAUGAGGCGCGAAAAGUUCAUGCGCGCGUCGGUGGAGGUGACCCUCCACAGUACUGAGGCAGUGAUUGUCCUAGUCCAUGCCUCCUGGAUGAUGCGGAGGUGUGCGUCGGCCUCAUCGUGAGUGGCCUCUGGGCGUGCAUCGUACUCGAGGCGAUGUUGUUGUAAGACGCGUGGAUUUCCGAGUACAACUCGGAUCUCCAGAUGAUGGACAGAGGUGAGAAAG